AUGGCAAAAGUCGAGGAUGCCGAUUUCAGCAUCAAGCCAGAGAAUGUCACGCCAAAUAUUCCGACUUCCGAGUGGCCUCUACUGCUGAAGAAUUAUGACAAGUUACUCGUGCGAACCGGCCAUUUCACGCCAAUCCCAGUCGGUUGCACACCAUUGAAGCGCGACCUCAAAUCCUACAUCUCGUCAGGUGUCAUCAACCUCGACAAACCCUCAAACCCGUCUAGCCACGAAGUUGUCGCCUGGGUCAAGAGAAUUCUGCGAGUAGAGAAGACCGGUCACAGCGGCACGCUCGACCCCAAGGUCACAGGAUGUUUGAUUGUGUGCAUAGACCGUGCCACCCGGCUGGUCAAGUCGCAACAAGGUGCUGGAAAGGAAUACGUUUGCGUCAUCCGAUUGCACGACAAGCUGCCUGGGGGCGAAGCACAGUUUGCGCGAGCAUUAGAGACACUUACAGGAGCUCUCUUUCAACGUCCACCUCUUAUUUCUGCCGUCAAGCGACAGCUUCGUAUCCGUACCAUUCACGAAAGCAAGCUCUACGAGUUCGACAACGAUCGACAUCUCGGCGUGUUCUGGGUCAGCUGCGAAGCCGGCACCUACAUUCGGACACUCUGUGUGCACUUGGGGUUGUUGCUCGGAGUCGGCGCACACAUGCAAGAACUGCGACGAGUAAGGAGUGGAGCGAUGGCUGAGGCUGAUGGAAUGGUCACACUGCACGACGUGCUGGAUGCUCAAUGGAUGCAUGACAAUAACCGAGACGAAGCGUACCUUCGAAAAGUUAUCUCUCCACUCGAAAGCCUGUUGACCACAUAUAAGCGAAUUGUGGUGAAGGACAGUGCGGUCAAUGCCGUGUGCUACGGCGCCAAACUCAUGAUUCCCGGUCUUCUGCGCUUUGAAGCUGGCAUCGAGGUACACGAAGAAGUCGUCCUCAUGACCACAAAAGGAGAGGCCAUCGCGCUUGGGAUUGCGCAAAUGUCCACGGUGGAGCUUUCGACCUGUGACCACGGAGUUGUCGCCAAAGUGAAGAGAUGUAUCAUGGAGAGGGACCUGUACCCGCGAAGAUGGGGUAUGGGUCCAGUGGCCUUGGAAAAGAAGAAAAUGAAGUCCGAUGGAAAGCUUGAUAAAUAUGGCCGACCCAACGAAAACACUCCGGCGAAAUGGAACGCCGAGUACACAGACUACAACGCCGCCGCCCCAGAAGGCACCACCUCCGCUCCUGUGGCCGAAACAACCUCUAAAUCCGAUGUUCUAUCCGCUCCCGCUGUUGCACCAACCGGCGAGGACGGCGACACCAGCAUGGCGAUGGAUGAUGUAGCAGCAGUAACUCCCGCCACGAAUGGCGACUCUACGGUCAACGUCAAGAAGGAAGACAAAGAGAAGAAGCGGAAGAGUAAGCACGAGGGUGAGACUCCCGAAGAGCGCGCCGAGCGGAAAAAGAGGAAGAAGGAGAAAAAGGAGAAGAAGGACAAGAAGAAACGAGAGAGUGGUGUGAAAGAAGAUAGUGAUGACAGCGAUUAG